CAUCCUUUGAUUAGAAGGUUUGAAGCUAAUCUGAGUCGACUUUUCUAUUGAGGAAGAUCAAGAGGAAGAAGCGCAUGAUCUCGUCGUGUGUCAGAAAAAUGCAGUAACGACGAAACGAUGAGGGAGAAGAAGAUUGAGAGAGCAUCGACUAGAUAGCAGUGAUGCAGCUGGAUACAGCUAGAUUCCAGAGUAAAUCAUCUCCAUGAUAUGGCGCUACUUAGGACGGCGCCUCGGAGAAAAAGCGAUGAGUACAAAAGGAACGAGAAUACGGAAAAGGAAUGGAAUUUGAUCGAAAGAGAGGGAUCUUGGAAAGAAAAGCAACGUGGUCUCUUCGCGGGGAUGAAAUCCAUACCACCCACGUGCUAUGACGUGUUCGACUUUUACCCUUUGCGCCUCUCGGUGUUUCCAGAGAUAACACUCACACAGAUGCGAAACAUUCAGCACGAACCAACCCGCGCGCAUGCGAGACGACGUAAUAUAUAUUUAUGUACGCGUCAUUUCACUAUAUGGAACGACGGCCCGAAAUCGCCCCCCUCUUGUUUAAUGGAACUACCCUUAACAAAAUGGCGACCACUCGGAAGCGAAAUUCGAAUGUAUGAUAUCUACACUAGAUGCCGCAAAUACCUUCAAUACACAAAGUCAUAAUGAUCUUUCGCAUACUCGUGUCUAAAUAUUUGUCGCAGGAAAACUCAACAUUCAUCUAGAAGAACAUCGCGA